CAAAGUGUAUCUCUGUUUCCGAGGUAGCAAUAGACAAAUUGAGGAAGAGGAAGAGGAGACCGAUAAGUGAAGCAAACUCAGAUUCUUUGAUAGCGAUUUAACGAAGUCCCAAGACGAAGGGCUAAAAUUAAUGGAGGAGUCUCACUUUUCUCUGAGUCGACUCGCCCUGGUCACUUUCUUGGUCCUCUGUUUCUUAACCGGAGAUUCAUCGGCGACGAGGCCUGGUUUCCUCUACACCAGACACAGAGGAAGAUGCACGCCGCAGUAUUGGAGCAGCGAGAGGGAAGCAUGGCCGAGGAUGGUACCGGAGAGAUCAACGGUUGAGAAAAUAUUCGGAGUGAUGGUUGCGAAAGAACGGUGGAGAUCUGAUCUGACUCUGUUGGAAUCAACGGCUAGGAACGACGAAGAAGGUAAUGCCUACGGUGCUCUGCUGAAACAGGGGAUCGCAGCUCUUGUCAACUCUUACGCGAGAAAAAGUUUCUCUUAUGCUCCAUGGGAAGUGAAGACGAUGCUCAUCCAAGCCAUGAUUUCGGAGCCGGCGGCUCGCCGGCAAGCGGAACACUUCGCCGCCGCUAACGUCGAUUGUGACUUAUAGACAAUGAAGAUCUAGUAGUUACUCUUGUCGUCUGUAGGUUUGAAUUUAAGCUUCUUGUCGUGUACCUAAGUUUGAUUCUGAUCUGAACUGAACUGACCAGGCAAAAAAAGAAAAAAACAUAUAUAGCUUCUGUCUCUCUCUCUCUCUUUCAAUGUAAUGAUUGAUUGAUGAUGGUUCAACUUAGGUUUGCAGUUUAACC